UCUUUCUCUCUCUCUCUCUGUCUCUGUCUCUCUCUCUGUCUUUCACUCUGUCUGUCUUUCUCUCUGUGUGUGUCUUUCUCUCCCUCUCUUUCUCUGUGGUGAUACACUGCAAUGUCUGCAGAUAGACAGACGAACGAACAGGAGACAGAGACGGAAGGAGACGAGUAAAAGCAAGACAAGGCCCAGCCCUUCUUCCCAUUGAUCUUCUGGCGAUCAAGGAGAAGACUCAAGGAUGUCUUUCGUCAAAUCAAAUCAGGAGUUUGGAAUUUGAUGUCCCAGAUGAGGCAGCAAUAUCCAGAGAGACUUGCCCAGCCGAGAUUGGAUCCAAGUGACCGGUCUUAUUACGGAAAACCAACCUGAGAGACGUUACAGACCUGCUGCAGAGUUUUUAAGGUUCUCCUGGAUUCUGGAUGGUUUGGAAAAUGACUGGCUGGCAGGAUUAAUUUACCGUAGCCACCAUGUGAUCCACUCUUCAAGCCGGAUACGUGCCGAGAAGAAUUUGAGGAGAUGAUGAUACCUUUAGUGGCGUCGUCUGGGAUUUUUAUCUGGAUGUUCCACAAGCUCAUCUAACGGGAUGACAAUUGUUUUUAAUUCCUUUGCCUCCGAUUUUGGCUUUGGGGUAAAAAGCCCACAUUUUUUGCACCUUGGAGCCUCUGAGGGGUAGAUAGAUGCCCCUUUACUGUUUUACAGCAGAAAUACGCCUGAUUUCAUACAUCUAAAGAGUUGGGCUGUGGAGACAGUGCAGGCGCUGCUGUUAGCUGGGCUGACUCAGCUCCAAUGGCGGCCGGUUUUGACCCGGUCUGACCCCGGUUCGAGCUUUGCGGUGACCUCUGAUCUCUCCGGUCCUGGCUCUCCACCUGCUCUGCUGCCUGGGUUCCGGAACGCUCCGCCCUGGGGCCCAGAACGAGCCAAUCAGAAUGAAGAAGAGCCGCAGCGUGCUGUCGGUGACUGGAGAAGAGGUGAGACAGGGGAAUGAAUUAGACGUAACAGAUGCUGUGGAGAAGGCGGAGUCGUCUCGCUACAGCCGAUCCUACACAUCCGGGGCCACGCUGGGGGCCGAGCUGCGCAGGGGACGGACCAGAAGACUGUCUCCCAGUCUCCAGGUACCCUGCUGGCUCCGCCCUCGAGAUCGCACCCGUUCCCCCGACAUCUUGAGCAAUAUGUCGCGUCCCACAACGCUUCCUCUCCGCAUUCCUCCUCGCAUCUCCAUCACGCAAGUGGAUACGGACAGUAACGAAGCAGAGAAUGGAGUAUCUCCCGCUCACACUCCUCUGGGCUCCCAGAGUCCAAGCCGCACAUUAAACACCUCACUGCCUCAGGGCCAGAGAAGAGAGUCCUUCCUCUACAGAUCUGACUCGGACUACGACAUGUCCCCCAAGGCCGUCUCCCGUAAUUCUUCUCUCGCCAGCGAAGGGCACACAGCAGAAGACUUCAUUGUCACACCUUUUGCUCAAGUACUGGCCAGUCUGCGAUCAGUACGGAGCAACUUUACCAUCCUUGCCAAUGUCUCCACACCGAUAGUCAAGAGGUCUCCUUUAGGUGGAGUGUGUGUCAGCCCCAGGGGGACACUCUCGGACCAGCAGUACCAACAGCUGGCCCUGGACACACUGGAGGAGCUGGACUGGUGUUUGGACCAGCUAGAGACCAUUCAGACGCACCGCUCCGUCAGCGAAAUGGCUUCCAACAAGUUUAAGAGGAUGCUGAACAGGGAACUGUCUCACUUGUCAGAGAUGAGUCGCUCUGGGAACCAGGUGUCAGAAUACAUCUCCAGCACUUUUCUGGACAAGCAGAACGAGGUGGAAAUCCCGUCUCCGACGCUCAAAGAGAAAUCCAUGAGUCACAUCAGUGGUGUGAGGAAACUGUCCCACAGCUCCAGCCUCUCCAGUGCCUCCAUGCCUCGCUUUGGGGUCAACACGGACCACGAGGACGAGCUCGCCAAGGAACUGGAGGAUCUAAACAAGUGGAGUUUUAACAUAUUCAAAGUAGCAGAGUUCUCCAACAACAGGCCGCUCAGCUGCAUCAUGUACGCCAUUUUUCAGGAACGUGAGCUCCUGAAGACAUUUCGAAUACCUGUUGACACUUUUGUCACUUACGUGAUGACCCUAGAGGACCAUUACCAUGGAAACGUAGCUUACCACAACAGCCUCCAUGCUGCAGAUGUCGCCCAGUCCACACAUGUGCUCCUCUCCACGCCUGCUCUGGAUGCCGUCUUCACCGACCUGGAGAUCCUCGCCGCUCUGUUUGCUGCAGCUAUCCACGAUGUAGACCACCCCGGAGUUUCCAACCAGUUCCUCAUCAACACCAACUCAGAGUUGGCGCUGAUGUACAACGACGAGUCGGUCCUGGAGAACCACCACCUGGCCGUGGGCUUCAAGCUCCUGCAUCAGGAGAACUGCGACAUUUUCCAGAACCUCACCAAGAGGCAGCGGCAGAGCCUGCGCAAACUCGUCAUCGAUAUGGUGUUGGCCACAGACAUGUCUAAACAUAUGACACUGCUGGCUGAUCUGAAGACCAUGGUGGAAACCAAGAAGGUGACGAGUUCAGGUGUUUUGCUGCUAGAUCACUACACAGAGAGGAUACAGGUACUCAGGAACAUGGUCCACUGUGCCGACCUGAGCAACCCAACAAAACCCCUACCGUUAUACAGGCAGUGGACGGAGAGGAUUAUGGAGGAGUUCUUCCGACAGGGCGACAAAGAACGAGAGAGGGGGAUGGAGAUCAGCGCCAUGUGCGACAAACACACUGCCUCGGUGGAGAAGAGUCAGGUCGGCUUCAUUGACUACAUUGUUCACCCUCUGUGGGAGACUUGGGCCGACCUGGUGCACCCAGAUGCCCAGGAGAUCCUGGACACCUUAGAGGAGAACAGGGACUGGUACCUCAACACCAUGCCCCAAUCGCCUUCGCCUCCCCCUGACAGACACCUCCAGCAUGACCGCUUCCAGUUUGAACUCACACUGGAGGAGCUGGAGCACAACAAUCACAACAACAUGUACAGAAGGAGCGGCAGGAACAGCCGGAAAGCCACGUGUGAUGACAGCAACGGGGAGAGAACGCAAGAAGACACUGAAGAGGAGGAGCAGAAGCUGGAGGAUGCUGAAGAAGAGGAUGAGGAGAACCACAAUGGCGAACAGAAUGGAAUACAGGAGGAAGAGGAGGAACGCACUGACGGAAAUGAAGGGGAGGAAGCCGAAGAGGAGCUAGAAGAAGUCCAAGAGGCGCAAGGAGGGGAAGAAGUCAACGGUGAACAAGAUGAAGAAAUAAAAGAAGAGGAGGAGAAAGAUGAGGCAGAGGUGACCAAGGAUGAGGUUGAAGUUGAGGAAGCUGAAGUAGAUGAAAACCAAGAAGAGGAAGAGAAUGUAGAAGUAGAGGAGGAGACAAAGGAGAAUGAAGCUGAAGGCAGCACAGAAGAUGGUAAAGAGGACGGGACAGAAAUGGACAGUAAAGACGAGGAGGCAGAAGACAAUGCAGAAGAGGAAGAAGAAGCCCCUCAGGAGGGCGAAGAAGAACAAAAAGAAGAGGAGAGUUAGCUGAAGAAAGUAUCAAUGAGGAAAACUGCCAAAGGGGGGAUAAUCAGGAUCCCAGCGCGACCGCGAACGAGUGUGAAAAAGAGCCGAAACGUGUCCGUCUUUCCAGCGAAUGCGCUCUAACUGCUUUAAUAUCUGAAAGUCAGGUUGGACUUUUCUUUAGAGCAAUAUUUUUGCACCAACGGUGAAGCAUCAGAGACGAGGAAACUCUUUGGAUUUUUCUAAGCAGCCUAGUCAUUGCAGGAAGCGGAUCAUCAGGUAGUGACAGAAACUGGGGUCUUCCAAUCCUGUCGGUGCAUCUAUCACUGCCGUUUGGGAUAAAUGGGGAGAUAUUAGUAACAAGACUGAGGUUUAGGGGCUCGGGGAGGUUUAAUCAACCGUUUUGUAGCUCUUGGGAAUAAAUUAAAGGAAAAAAAUAUAUGCUGAAAUAAUGUACAUGCAAAUAAGUGUGUGCCUGUUUCUCGGUUGUUAUAGACUGUCACGCGUUGUUUCUUGGUCACCGUCUAAUGUCUUAUUGAUGAGGACCAUAACACACACACACAUACACACAGACCAUAAUAACUCAAAAGCAAAUCUUAAAAUUACGACGCCAUAUUAGGGCCAUUGUAGAUAGAAAAAAAGGAGUACCUACAAUAACCCUAAUACGCCGUUGUGUAAAAUAAAUUCAGAAAAGAGGUAAAAAAAAAACGCCACCAGGAAGGUGUAACUUGCCAUCUUUUAUUGAAUACGAACCCAUUUUUCAACCUGUGAGCAGAUUGUUUCACACACAGAAUCAGCCAGAGCUCCUCACUUCCAGCAACGAAACUGGUUUUCUGACCCGACUGUUCUCGUCACAGUGGGAAACCUACGAGGCUGGUGUAUUGUAUGUUGUCGAUGUUCAGUCGUGUGGAGAUUACAAAUAAAUAAUCGCACCGAGUGUUUAUGCCAUUGUGACAUUGUCACCUGAGUUGUGCCAAAACGUCCCACAACCAGCACUGAGCAAUGCAGCCUCUGGAGAGGGCGGCUACUGAUCACGAAGCAAUGAAUCCGUGGGACCAGGCCAACAGGUGUAUGAAUAUGGUCUUCCACAAAUGUAUGUUUGUGUUUUUUGUAAAAAAAAAAAAAAAAAGAGAGAGAGAGAAAGAAAAAGACAAAAAAUUUAUUUGGCACUUUAUCAAACACCCUUGUUGCAUAUAUGUACAUAAUAAACAUGUAUUUUAAUCUGCUGAUGUCAUAUAUUAAAUAUGAUUAACUCA